UUUGUAGACGGCGGACGUGUUUAAUUUUGAGACGCUUUAACUGAAAAAGAAAAAACUUAACAAAAAAAGAGAAAUAAAAGUAAAAUAUAUAAAAUACAUAAACGUGUCUUAAGAAGAAAAAAAAAAAGAAAACAAUUACAAAGCAAGAUAGAAAGUAUUUUUGUGCAAAAAUAAAUCACCGCUACUUAAGAGCGAGCACAACAAGAAUAGAAUUAAAUACAAAAGAAAGAUUAAACAAUUUUUUUUUAUAAUUACAAACAAUAUAUAUAAAAUCCACUAUGGAAACCUUAACGCGCUCAUUAAAUUACGAACCAUCACAAGAAUUACAUUUCGAUAAAUACGCGCUGCACAUUUUGGAAAAUAGCAGAACACCCAAUUUAGCCGAUACCACAACCAUAGCCUUGGCCUCCUCGCCCAGUAUCACAAGCUUCGAUUCACCCUCAUCCAUCAGCCAGCUAACAACAACCAGUGAUUUUUUCAAGAAACUGGGAGUAGACUUUAUACAUUCCAUACAAGCACAGGCAUUGCCCAAAGCAAAUAACUUGGAUACAUACAAUUUGAACUCAGUACCCUCGAUAUCAACAGCAUCAGCAACAGCCGCCAAUAUGGAUAUGGAAUUUGGAGCUCAUCAGCUAAUUAUGGAUGCUAGUAUGAAGAACACUGCCAUGGAUGAAUUGCAAAAUCAAUUGAAUUACGAUAAAUUUAUGAAUGGAAUAUGGAUUGGUGUUGUACUAGCCUUGAUAUUGAUCUCUAUGAUCUUUUGUUUCUGUUCCUGUUUCCUGUAUCAUCAGUUUCGUGUGUGGAAGAGAAAUUAUCGCACCACUGUUACUCAAUCAAAUGAUGUAGAAGCUGUCAAACUUAAUUUGGAUUUGGAAGAUCCGGUGCCAGAGUAUACCUUGGUUUCGGGUCUACCUUCCUAUGAAGCUGCCCUGGAGCUUCUGCAUAAAACACCUCAAUCCUGUCUCAUAGUGCAUCCCUCAGUAUUUGAGGUAUUCAAUAGAAAUGAGAAAUCUGCAACAGAUAACUUACACACAACAGAAACCACUGCCUCCCUAGAAGUAGCAGCACCUUUACUACAGGAUUCUACCCCCUCGGCAGACAACAAAUCCUUACUUCCCUCUUACACCGAGGCCACCACACCCACUUCACCCACCACAAUGCCGGUACUCACCUACAAUCACAGUUUGGCCAGUCUUUUAUCUCUAACCGCUCCGAAAACCCAAAGCAAAUCUAAAUCAUUGGCUUCAUCACCCGCUUCAACAGAAUCCGACAAACAAUUUAAAUCUUAAUUUUAUGUUUUUCCUUUAAAAAAAACUAUAUAAAUUAAGUUUUAUUUCUUUUCGAUAAGACUGUGAUAUCUCCAAAUAUGUAUACUACAAACCAGUAGGGUGAACAACUAUAUUACAAUAGUAAAUAGUUUUUGUCACCAAUUGUAUUUUCCGAUUUGUAACUGUGAUUAAUCUCUAGCUGUAGUGCUAAAUAUUUAUUUAACUAAAUGUGGUUUAUAAUUUAUUGUAUUUUUUUUUUUUUUACUUAUAUAAAUAUUUAAAUAAAAUAUUAUUAUUGUAAUGUUAACUAAUUUUAAGCUAUUUAUAUCAAUAUUUGCAUAUAAUUUAUGUACAAACAAUAUGACAAAAUAUAUUAAAAAAAAUUCAUAAAAAUUAUUUAAAAAAAAAUACAAA